CUCUAAUUUUCUUUCUCUGGGAGUCUGUUUCAAAUUCUAUCACUUUCACUGCAGAUAUACAUCAUUUAGUGUUAUAUAAAGUAUUAUUGACAGUCUUUGAUCAUAUUAGUCCUGUGAUCUAGCUUGGUUCGGUUUCUGAUUUUCUCUCAUGGAGUUGGGGAGAUUUCUAUGCCUGUUCUUGGUUUGCUUGACGUGUUUUGUCUCUGCAACAGAGGGAUACAAGUUUUACGUCGGUGGGAGAGACGGGUGGGUUUUGAAACCAUCUGAGAGUUACAACCACUGGGCUGAGAGGAAUAGGUUCCUAGUCAAUGACACUCUCUAUUUCAAGUACAACAAAGGAUCGGACUCGGUUCUGGUGGUGAACAAGGACAGUUUCUACAACUGCAACACAAGCAACCCUAUUCAUAAACUGGAUGACGGCAAUUCCGAGUUCAAGUUUGAUAGGUCUGGACCAUUCUAUUUCAUCAGUGGACAAGAUGGUAACUGCGCAAAGGGUCAGAAACUAAUUAUCAUAGUUCUCGCCGUCAGGCACCGUCAAACUCCUCCGGCUCAGCCUCCCACGGCGGCGCCACCACAAGGCUCAGCGCCAGCACCUGUACCAUCAAAAGGCUCAGCCCCAGCUGCUGCACCAUCAGGUCCAGCAUCAACACCCUCAUAUGCGCCAAGUACUACCCCAAUAACAACUCCAGUUCCAGCUCCAUCAAAAGGCUCAGCCCCAGCUGCCGCACCAUCAGGUCCAUCAUCAUCACCCUCAUAUGCGCCAAGUACUACCCCAAUAACAACUCCAGUUCCAGGUCCAUCAAAAGGCUCAGCCCCAGCUGCCGCACCAUCAGGUCCAUCAUCAUCACCCUCACUUGCGCCAAGUACUACCCCAAUAACAUCUCCAGUUCCAGCUCCGGCCGCCGCUACUACUCCAACCUCGUCUCCUCCUAGCCCGGUGGGGCCCGAACCGACACCGUCUGGAGCUGCUCCUUCCGGGGAAGUGACGUCACCUCCACCGGGGUCGAACCAGGCAUCGACAGCACCGAAUCAAAACGGAGCGUAUGGUGUAACGGCAUCGAGCGUGUUGGUGUCUUCGGUUGUUGUUUUGGUCAGUUUGGCUCUUAUGAGCAGCUUUUAUUAGGUCCAAUAAAUGGAAUAAAUUUAGUUCUUAAAUUUUAGUGGCAUUUUUUUUCAUUCCAUUAGAAUUGUUUUUUGUUUGCUGGGAUCAUAUCUGUGUGUUGAGAGGUGUGAGAGAGGAUUAUUUUGGGUCCAUUAUUAUUUGUUUAUUGUUGUACAAGUUAUCAAUGGACAUGGGAUUUGGUUUUAUCAC